GCGCGAGGAGGCGCGCGGGCAGGAAGCAGCCGCGGCCGGGGGACUAGGUGAAUGCUCCUUCUGUCCCCCGCCCCGGGCGCCUCGGUCGCGUCUCAGAGGCUGGGUGCCCUCUCCUUAAGGACACCGGCCGGCUCGGCCGCGCUCCCGGGCAGGUGAUAAUGGAGGGGAAGUCUGGGCUUUGGCCGCCGCGCCGGGUUCGGGCGCAUCCCAGAUCCAACCCUCUGUGGAACUUCUAAACAUGUUUUAUUUGUAGAAACAUUAUUUUCUACAAAAUGAAGUCAGCACAUUAAUUGAAACCAGCAUUUGUGUGGUUCUGACUCACCUGCUAUGGUUCAUGAAGCUUGAGAUCUAAGGAGUACAGGGUCUUUUGCGAUGACAAUAUGACUAAUAGUAAAGGAAGAUCUAUUACCAGUAACACAAGUAGUGGUCCAAGUAGUGGAGGAGGUUUCGUAGACUGGACUUUAAGCUUAAAUACGAUUCAGUCUGAUAAGUUUUUAAACUUACUGUUGAGUAUGGUUCCAGUAAUUUACCAGAAAAACCAGGAAGAGAGGCACAAAAAAGCAAAUGGCAUUUGGCAAGAUGGAUUAUCCACUGCAGCACAGACUUUUACUAAUCGAUCUGAGCAGCACAUGGAGUAUCACAGUUUCUCAGAGCAGUCUUUUCAUGGCAACAGUGGGCACACAGCAUCAGGCUGCAGCCCCAAGUACGAUGACUAUGCCGGCUACAACUACUGUGACGGAAGGGACGCUGCAGAAACAGCUGCCAUGUUACAGAAUGAAGACGUGUCUAGCGAUGGGGAUGAAGAUGCCGUUGUGGAAGUAAACCAGAAGUCACCCAAGGAGUCCAGUGGCGUCAUGGCACUGCAGAUACUUGUGCCAUUUUUGCUAGCCGGUUUUGGGACAGUUUCAGCUGGCAUGGUUUUGGACAUAGUCCAGCACUGGGAGGUGUUCAAAAAGGUGACAGAAGUUUUCAUUUUAGUUCCUGCACUUCUUGGUCUCAAAGGGAACUUGGAAAUGACGUUGGCAUCCAGAUUAUCCACGGCAGUAAAUAUUGGGAAGAUGGAUUCACCCAUUGAAAAGUGGAACCUAAUAAUUGGCAACUUGGCUUUAAAGCAGGUUCAAGCAACAGUGGUUGGCUUUCUAGCGGCUGUGGCAGCAAUUAUCCUGGGCUGGAUUCCAGAGGGGAAAUACUAUCUUGACCAUUCCAUACUCCUGUGCUCUAGCAGUGUGGCCACGGCCUUCAUCGCAUCUCUUCUGCAGGGAAUAAUAAUGGUUGGGGUUAUCGUUGGUUCAAAGAAGACUGGCAUAAACCCUGAUAACGUUGCUACUCCCAUUGCUGCUAGUUUCGGUGACCUCAUAACUCUUGCCAUAUUAGCUUGGAUAAGUCAGGGUUUGUACGCCUGUCUGGAGAGGUAUUACUACAUUUCUCCAUUAGUUGGUGUCUUCUUCUUGGCUUUAACACCUAUCUGGAUUAUAAUAGCUGCCAAACAUCCAGCCACAAGGACUGUUCUCCACUCAGGCUGGGAGCCUGUUAUAACAGCUAUGGUUAUAAGUAGCAUUGGGGGCCUUAUUCUGGACACAACUGUAUCUGAUCCAAACCUGGUGGGGAUUGUUGUUUACACACCAGUUAUUAAUGGCAUCGGUGGUAAUUUGGUGGCCAUUCAGGCUAGCAGGAUUUCUACCUACCUCCAUUUACAUAGCAUUCCAGGAGAACUGCCUGAUGAACCCAAAGGUUGUUACUACCCGUUUAGAACUUUUUUUGGUCCAGGAGUGAAUAAUAAGUCUGCUCAAGUUCUACUGCUUCUAGUCAUUCCCGGACAUUUAAUUUUCCUCUACACUAUUCAUUUGAUGAAAAGUGGUCACACUUCCUUAACUGUCAUCUUCAUAGUAGUGUACUUAUUUGCUGCUGUGCUACAGGUAUUUACCUUGCUGUGGAUUGCUGACUGGAUGGUCCAUCACUUCUGGAGGAAAGGAAAGGACCCAGAUAGUUUUUCCAUCCCCUAUCUGACGGCAUUGGGUGAUCUGCUAGGGACGGCUCUGUUAGCCUUAAGUUUUCAUUUUCUUUGGCUUAUUGGCGAUCGAGAUGGAGACGUUGGAGACUAAUAAAUCCUACAAACUGUCCUCAAGUUCUGCAGAGGAAAACACAA